CCCGUCGCGGCCACGUGAUUCGGCUAAGAUGGCCGACGGGGAAAGUGGCUGCCCGGCGGGGCGGGAACCGGGGCAGGCGCCGGGACCGGAGCCGGGAGAAGAGUUCGAGAUUGUGGACCGAAGCCAGCUGCCUAGCCCUAGCGAGCUGCGGAGCGCGGCCAAGCCGCGGGUGGGGCCGGAGGGCUGGUCGGCGCCCAUCCUGACCCUGGCGCGGAAGGCCACUGGCAACCUGUCGGCAAGCUGCGGAAGCGCGCUGCGCGCGGCCGCGGGACUGGGAGGCGCGGACGGAGGCGCGGACGGCGCGGCGCGCGCAGCUUCCAAGUGCCAGAUGAUGGAGGAGCGUGCCAACUUGAUGCACAUGAUGAAACUCAGCGUCAAAGUCUUGCUCCAGUCUGCCCUGAGCCUGGGCCGCAGCCUGGAUGCGGACCAUGCCCCCUUGCAGCAAUUCUUUGUAGUGAUGGAGCACUGCCUCAAACACGGGCUGAAAGUCAAGAAGAGUUUUAUUGGCCAAAAUAAAUCUUUCUUUGGUCCUUUGGAGCUGGUGGAGAAACUUUGUCCAGAAGCAUCAGAUAUAGCCACCAGUGUCAGAAAUCUGCCAGAAUUAAAGACAGCUGUGGGAAGAGGCAGAGCAUGGCUUUAUCUUGCACUCAUGCAAAAGAAACUGGCAGAUUAUCUGAAAGUGCUUAUAGACAAUAAACAUCUCUUAAGUGAGUUCUAUGAGCCUGAGGCAUUGAUGAUGGAAGAGGAAGGGAUGGUGAUUGUGGGUCUGCUGGUGGGACUCAAUGUUCUCGAUGCCAAUCUCUGCUUAAAAGGAGAAGACUUGGAUUCUCAGGUUGGAGUGAUCGAUUUUUCCCUCUACCUUAAGGAUGUGCAGGGUCUUGAUGGCGGCAAAGAGCACGAAAGAAUUACUGAUGUCCUUGAUCAAAAAAAUUACGUGGAAGAACUUAAUCGGCACUUAAGCUGCACAGUUGGGGAUCUUCAAAACAAGAUAGAUGGCUUGGAAAAGACGAAUUCAAAACUUCAAGAAGAGCUUUCAGCUGCAACAGACCGGAUUUGUUCACUUCAAGAAGAGCAGCAACAAUUAAGAGAACAAAAUGAGUUAAUUCGCGAAAGAAGUGAAAAGAGCGUGGAGAUAACAAAACAAGAUACAAAAGUUGAGCUGGACACUUACAAGCAAACUCGGCAAGGUCUGGAUGAAAUGUAUAGUGAUGUGUGGAAGCAGCUAAAAGAGGAGAAGAAAGUCCGUUUGGAACUAGAAAAAGAACUGGAGCUGCAGAUUGGAAUGAAGACGGAGAUGGAGAUCGCAAUGAAGCUGCUCGAAAAGGACACCCACGAGAAGCAGGACACCCUAGUCGCCCUCCGCCAGCAGCUGGAGGAAGUCAAAGCCAUCAAUUUACAGAUGUUUCACAAAGUUCAGAAUGCAGAGAGCUGUUUACAGCAGAAGAAUGAAGCCAUCACAUCUUUUGAAGAAAAAACCAACCAGGUUAUGUCCAGCAUGAAACAGAUGGAAGAAAGGUUACGGCAGUCUGAAAGGGCCAGGCAGGGGGCUGAGGAGCGGAGCCACCGGCUGCAACAGGAGCUGGGCGGCCGGACGUGUGCUUUGCAGCAACAGCUCUCACAGCUGCAUGAGCAGUGUUCAAGUCUAGAGAAAGAGCUGAAAUCAGAAAAAGAGCAAAGACAGGCUCUUCAACGAGAAUUACAGCAGGAGAAAGACACUUCCUCUCUGCUCCGAGCAGAGCUACAGCAAGUGGAAGGAUUAAAAAAGGAGCUGCGGGAGCUCCAGGACGAGAAGGCGGAGUUGCAGAAGGUUUGCGAGGAGCAGGAACAGGCCCUCCAGGAAAUGGGGCUGCACCUCAGCCAGUCAAAGCUGAAGAUGGAAGACAUCAAAGAAGUAAAUAAGGCACUGAAGGGCCAUACUUGGCUGAAAGACGAUGAAGCAACGCACUGUAAGCAGUGUGAAAAGGAGUUCUCCAUUUCCCGAAGAAAGCACCACUGCCGUAACUGCGGCCAUAUCUUCUGCAACACGUGUUCCAGCAACGAGCUAGCACUGCCCUCCUACCCCAAGCCCGUGCGUGUGUGCGACAGCUGCCACACGCUGCUCCUGCAGCGCUGCUCCUCGUCCACUGGCUCCUAAGCACACAGAACGUCGGCAAGGCAGCCUCACAAUAGUGCCAAACUCUGUGGGUCUUGGGGAUGCCCAGGGGCUUGGGGAAGCAGGAAGGAACGCGAUCCUGGCCGGCUGUGCACACAGCAUGGCGGAAUGGAAGGUACACGCCUCUCCUUUCCGGACUGUAUGGAAUUAACCUAUCUGCUAACCUGUCUGGAUGCUUCCUUCUCACUUGGCUACAUCACUGGCUUUGGCUCCAGUGUAACUUCAUGAUUUUGCUACUGUCAUUUUUCACUUUUCAAAAAAAUUGUCCAGUUUUAUGGCAGUCAUACUAGUAUAAUGAGCAACCAGUUCCACCCCCCCCCCCCCCCCCCCCCCCGCACCCUGCCUUCCCUGCUUCAGAAGCCAGAGAUUUGCCACAUCACACCCUUGUUAAUAUGUCUUUGGACCUGCAAUAAAAUCAUUUAUUUUUCA